AUGAUCAGUAGCAGACCAGCGGCAGUAGAGAGAGGACCGUGCAUUUUAUUACCUCUCUUUCCCCCUUGAUUUUCUUGGGUGCGCUUUGCCCUGUGUGAGAGUUUAUCUGCUCGAGUUAUUGAUUUUCUGCCAGAAGUGUCUUUAAGGUCUACUAAUAUACACCCUGUGUUGGUUUGAGUCUUUGGUUUUAGGUUUAAGUUUUUGGUCUUCAUCUUUUGUUUUGAUUUUGAUUUGAAGUUCUUGUAAAUAAAUUCCUUUUGUCUUUUUUUGUUCGAAAUCUAGAAUUGUUUCCCUUGUCCCUAUUAAUUCAGUCUCCUCGCGCCUUUUCUCUUCAAAGAUCCUGAGUUUAGUUUGGUUAGAAUCCCCAUAGUUGUAUUAGUUUUCGCGAGUUCCCCAGGUGUGUCAUUUUUCCAGGUUACAUUUUUUUUACUAUUUUUGGUGGAAAAUCCGGGUAGGGAAUAUAUUUUUUUUAGUAAAAUUUAGCCAGGAAUUGUUUUGAUAGGGACGACAGGCAUUUUUUCAAAGGUUUUUUUCUGUCUUUGGUGGUCAGUUUAGAUAAGUCAAGUAAUAGAGUCUAUAAACCAACACAGUGUUGUUAUAUUGGUGGAUCGGACAAGUACAUGAUGGUGGAUGUCAGGACUCCACUCCAGCUCUGUGGUUUCGACCCAGUACCUGCUGAAACCUGCAACCUUGAAGUCCCUGAUGUGCAGCCACAGUCUGAGAUGCUGAGACUCCUGCAGCACCAGUCCAGUAUGCAAGAGGUUAUUCUGCAGCAAUUUCGGCAGAUAAACGCACUCAAGGAGAUGAUGCGGCAGGUGAUGGGCGAACAGAUGAGGCAGAGAUGCUACAUACAUAGUCUGGAGUGCGCCCUGUCAGAUGUUAAGGUGAAUCAGCGUCCCCCAAAUCAGCCAGUUCCAGAAGUCCCCAUCCCACAUCGGCCAGUACCGAAAACCCCCAACCCGCAGCCAGUGCACGAAGUCCCUAAGCCCAUCCCCCAGCCAGCGCCAGAAACACACGCAAGCACCCCUGAUGAGGCGACACAGGCCAGCUCUCAGGGAGGUAUGAGUUCCGAAAGGAUAAGCCUCAGGGAAGCUCAGCUGAAAGAUCCCGCAAUCAGGCGGGUUGUUGAGCUCAAGACGGCAAGCCCCCUGAUGACAAGGAGGCAAAUGUCCCAAGAAACCAGAGUGGUGCAGAAGUUGCUAGGAGUAUGGCGUCGACUAGAGGUGAAGGGAGGACUUCUGAUGUACAAGAAGGGCGGCGGGAAGGCUACAUGUAGAUACCUGGCAGUGCUUCCCCGACAGCAGAGAGAGGAAGUGUUUCAUAGUCUCCACAGAAGCAUGGACAAGUUCGGCUAUGGAAGAAUCCUGAAGCUUGUCAAGGACAGGUAUUAUUGGCCUAGUCUUCAUAAUGAAGCAAUGGCAUACAUGAGGUGUCAUCGCAGGGGCGUACAGCGAAACGGGAGGGAAGCGUCCGGUGAGAUCUCACCGCCUCCAGAGUUCCGGGAUGACAGAGGACCCUGAUCACUGUAUUUUUGUCUAGUUUAAAUUUGUGGUUGACUUAAAUGUCCUCAAUAAUGUAUUGAAGUGUAUUGUGUAUUUUAGCAUUUUGUUUGUUUGUUUUAAUCAUGUUUAAUUGAAUUAAGUUGAUUUUUAUUGCCAUUGCUGGGGACAGCAAUAUUUUAAAGAUGGCGUGAGUGUGGCAGGGCCAAGUUUUACUUGUAGUUUUUACUGUAUUUUUUUGUAGUGUUUUAGGAUAGGAGUAGGUCCCCUGAA